UAAUGGCGACGGCUGGUGAAUGUGUUUGUGUGGAGUGCGGAAAGCACUGCAAGUCUAAGAAGUUAUAUCGAAAAUUCCAAGGAGGUGCAAUCAGGCUUUUGUUUUGUGAAAGCUGCAAUCAAGUGAUGGACAAAUACUUGGAAUAUGAUCCUGUUCUGAUAUGCUUGGAUAUUCUCUUACACAAACCUCAAGCAUACAGACAUGUCUUAUUCAACAUUAAACCUAAGAUAGAAUGGCACUUGUGUGUACUGUACUUGCUCAGUGAUGCAUACAUGAAAUGGUCAGAUGUAAAUUAUUCUCAAUAUCCAAACAAGACAUUAGCUGGGACACUGCCAGACCACUCAGUACUAGAACUGGAAUUUUACUACAUAUUUCUUUCUCAAUCAUGUAUUGAAUAUUUGUCAUAUCUCUUUGGUCUUCUUCUUGGUAUAAAAGUUUUUCUUAGUUUGACUUCAAAUAAUAAAAAGGUGUCAUACAGAAAGGCUCUCGUAGCAGUUUUGCUAUCCAGCUUCGGCAAGCUCCUUGUGAUUCCUGUGGUGCUAUGGGCAGAUCCUUCUUCUAGUCAGCUCUGUCUGUGGUUGAUUAAACUUUUUGUGCUUACUUCAAAUGCAGAAGCAAUACAUGUUGUUCUUGAUAUAAAUUUUUGGAAAGCAUCAAUAUUGGUCUCAUUUGGAUUCCUGACAAGUCUUAUUUGUGAGAAUGGGAAGAAUGUGCUGCCAAUUGCUUAUUUUACCAACCAUUUCAAUAGUUCAUUAAGGGUCUUGACAUUUAAUUGACUUGGAUUGUGAUUACUUGCAGAAUAGUUAUGUAAAUUAAUAUAUUAUGUUCAUUCCUGAACAUUAUAGUUCUUUAAUUAUUGUUAUCUCGAAACGUCCCCUUUAUCCUAUGAAUCCCCUAUAUCCUAUGAAUGCCCUGUAUCCUAUGAAUCCCCUGUAUCCUAUGAAUCC